ACUCACUCACUUCCAGCAAGGCAGAAAAGCUCUGGAACACUAUAUCCUCGACUAGGCAACGUCCUAACCUUUGGAAAUAUCCUCUAACGGAAAGAAAAAACAUCUCAUCAUGUGCAGAGGACUGGAUGCACUGCCUAUCACCUGCCUGGAGAGGGCAAAGGAGCUGAAAGCGUUGUUUGGAAGUUUACUACACAAGUCAGAACAAAGCAUCACCGGCCAGGCAAAGAAAAAUGACAAACUGAGCAGGUUAAAUGUGGACGAGCCCUUGAAAUGGAAGGAGUCCUUUGACAAGCUCCUGUCCAGUCAAAAUGGACUGUGCCUGUUCAGAGCGUUCCUGGUCUCAGAGUUCAGUGAGGAAAACAUCGCCUUCUACCUGGCUUGUGAGGACUACCAAGCAACAAAGUCCUCCAAACAAGCCAGCAAAGCCAAGAGAAUUUAUGACGAGUUCAUUGCCACUGAUGCACCUCGAGAGAUAAAUCUCGACCAUUUGACCAAAGCUAUCACAAAGGAGAACAUGGAGCACCCUGGACAGUCCUGUUUUGACUUGGCCCAGGCAAAAAUCUACACCCUGAUGGAGAAGGACUGCUAUCCCCGCUUCCUUAAGUCAUCCACAUACCUAGAAGUCAGCAGAAAAACCAAGACAUACUAAAAAAAUAUAUAUAUAUUUAAACAACGUGUUCUGCAAACAGCAGACAAGAUGUGAUGACUCCUGAAUGGGACAUACACUUACGGGCAUACAGUGGAGACUGGAAGGGUUCACAAGGAACAAAAACUUCAGUCUGCAGACUUUGGAACCGGGUUAUGGAGGCCCUUUUGGAGACCUGAGUUGGCAAACAGAUCGGAGCCCAGGCGAGAAGAUAAUGGAGACACAAAGCUGUGAGAAAAGACUGAAAAAGACAGAGCUGCAGGCGAUGUCUGCCUCUAAAAGAGACACCUGUACUGUACAUACAGGGUUGCAUGAGGGGCGGCCACAGUGGCAUAAAUUAUAAAAAUGCAGAGAUUUAAAUGAGACAACAAAACUACAACUGGGAAAGACUCCCUCGCACUUAUUUGUUUUUUGUUUGUUUAUUUAUUUCUUAUUUAUAUUAAGUUAUUUUUUAAUGUAUAAAUGUUUUUUAAUGUGAAGUAUGAACUGUAUCUAAAAAGAAGUGCAAUGUAAUAAAGAUUAUAAAU